AAGUGCAAUCAUUACUUUUGCUCAUGAUGUAGCAAUAAAAAAUAAAAACACCUAACAUUUUUUUUAACUUUUAAUUUGUGAUGCAGGACAGAGAAAAAAAUUAAAACUGGUGUUUCAAUGAUUAUUGCAAGAAUCUUAAUGAAGAUAUGAUUGCAUAGUACCUAGCAAUAUUUGGACUCAAUCUGUUGACCUGCAAACCCUUACUUAAUGCCCUCUAGUUUACUGACUAAGAGGAAGAUAUUAUUAAAACUUUUUAGACUUCCAAGAUUGCCAAAUUCGCUAACCUUAUUCUUAGUUCUUAGACUAAAAUGUCAGCUUUUCUUUCUCUACUUGAAACGAGUCACUUGAAAGGAACUUUUCCUCAAAAAAUGGAAUUUGGACUUGAAUAUCCUAAAGUUAUUCCUCAUCAACUUGUCUCAUUGCCUAAGACCUAGAAGUGCCUUAAUUUGAGGAUUCUUGUUUAGAUGUUCUUAAGCUCUGUCUAAACGAAGGUAUUUUUGCUGAAUGAUGUGGAAGUUGCUAGUAUGUUCUAAAUUUAAGAAAAUUGAA